AUGGCUGAGAAUGCUAAUGGCGGUAACAAUGGAGGCAACAACAGUAAUAAUGGAGGUGACGUUGAAGAUCAAGCAAAUGGCCGCAGUCUGAAAGAUUACAUUCUCCCAACUCUUACGGGGGUUCAAUCUUGUAUAAGACCACCUGCCGUCGAUGUUAAUACCUUCGAAAUAAAGUCUGCCAUACUCCAAAUGGUGCAGUCUUCAGUCCAGUUUGGUGAACUCCCAUCUGAAGACCCCAAUCUGCACUUGUCAAGCUUUAUGGAGUUAUGUCAGACUUUCAAAGUCAAUGGAGUUAGUGAUGAUGUCAUCCGUUUGAGACUUUUUCCAUUCUCGCUGAGAGAGCGAGCUAAGAGCUGGUUGAUCUCCCUGCCACCGAACUCUAUAGCAACAUGGACUGAUUUGGCAACGAAGUUUCUGUCUAAGUUCUUUCCUCCAGCAAAUCUUGUUGGUAAUACUAAAACAAUUAUAGAUAUUGCAGCUGGUGGGGCAUUUAUGAGGAAGAGUGCUAACGAAGCCUAUGAACAGCUAGAAGAGAUGGCCAUGAAUAAUCAGCAAUGGCCAACUAAAAGAAGUCAGACAAAGAAGGUGGCUGGUAUGCAUGAGGUCGAUGCCAUAACAAAACUGACGGCCCAGGUUGAGGCCCUGACAAAAUUGAUAGCUGUGCAGGCAAAACAGGCUCAAGUUGUUUAUGAGCUCUGUGGAGGCCCUCAUCCUUAUGAGGAAUGCCCGGUAGAUGUGAAUAGUUUGCCAAUGGAUGAAGCAAAAGCCAUUGGGAAUUACUCUCAAAACAACAACUUUGGGUUCAAUCAAGGAGGGGGUCGAAGGAAUAGUGGGUUCUAUCAGCAAAGAAAUUAG